CGGGCAGGAGGCGGCGGCGGCCCCGCCAGCACAGGAAGUCGCCCCGCCGCGAGAGGAGGGAGCAGGCGGAGCUCUGCAGCUCGGCCGAGGACUUGUUUUCUGUCUUCAUGGAAGCUGUGAAGGUACAAGUCUACUUCAGAUGCAAGCAGCUGAGUUCCAGAAUUCAAUUACUGCGUCACAUUGAAUGAACAGGAGUUUUCCGUACAUCUUUCCUUAAAAACAGACUUUAGCUAAAGUGAUUUUUGGAUUGAAAACGAUGGGUAGGAAAGAUGCCUCUACAGCAAGGACUCCUGUUGACCAAUACAGGAAGCAAAUAGGAAAACAAGAUUAUAAGAAAACCAGGCCUAUGUUAAGAGCUACAAGAUUAAAAGCAGAGGCCAAGAAAACUGCACUAGGCGUUAAGGAAGUUGCCCUUGUCUUUGCAGCUAUACUGGUAUUUUUGUUGGCUUUUUAUGCUUUCUUUUAUCUUAACAUUUCCAAUGAAGUUGACCUUGAUCUGGAUCCAGAUGAAAACUAGCAGAUGCAAUGAAUCUAUCAUCACGAUUUCUUCAACAAGACUACAUAGGAACACACUGUCCCUCACUGUGAGACAGUAAAUUGUGCCAUUUCUUGCAGUCCAAAUUCAUAAGAAAGUUUUGCAAUAUGUCAGUCACUUUUACAUUCCAGGUCUCCAAAAUAAGAGAACACUGAAGCAUUGCAAGUAUAGUUGGUUAACACCAAGGCUAGGAGCAGCAGUAGUUUAUUGUUUACAUUAUUUUUUUCCUCAGGCAGAGAAAUUUGAUAUCAAAAGACAGGUACUAUUAUUAUAAUGGAUAUUGAUGCUGACUUCGCAGGAGGAGAGCCUGCCUUGAUUAAAUUUAGGAAUCAAAGCUUCCUAAUAGCCAAAUUAGUUUCCUUUUCCUUUCCCCAAAGAAAGCAGAAAUAUGAAAUAAAAGUAUUUUCUUGAUUUGUAUUUACAUUUUAUCAAAAAAAAAAACCCUCAUCCUUUCUCUUUUUAUCUUUCUUGUGCAUGUGUGCACACACACGCACACAAAGAGGGAAGAAAUUGUAGGGAAAAAUCUUUUUAGAAGCAGGCAGUCUGUCACCUCCUAUAUGGACUUAAUUUUAUGUCAUCCUAGAUUCUGUGUGCCCAUAUAUCUGCAGUAAUCUUUUUCAUUCUUUUGCCAACUGUUCAGCACACAUGUGUUCUGUCAGAAAUGGCACCUGGAUGACAGAAGUUCUAACAUUCACAUAUGCCUUUGAAACACAGUUCUUUGCCUCCUGUGCUGUCUGAACUAGUGUAAAUAGAAAGUUCAGUUGAUGUUGGUUUUAAUUAAUAUAUUGCUCUAUUAUUAGUAUGAAGUCAAAAUAAUGUUUUAAUUAUACUCUUCCUGCUGGCUGUGCUAUCAUCUUGCUCUACCUGUUAGGGGAUGUUGUAAAAAAGAAUUGCUUUCCAGCUACACAAUCAUUUAAAUCACCGAACUAAUGUAAGAAGUUGUAAGUAUUAGGAAACCUUUUUUUUUUUUUUUUUUUUCCCUUGCAUACUAAUAAUUGGGAAAGUCUUGGCUCCAUGACAUCCUUCAGUUCUUGCAAAGUAUCUUUCAGAAUACGUUCUGUAGAUAACAUUUCUGAUCCCUUUGAUAACCACAAACAACUUGAAGAAGUCGGUAUGUCAAAGCAGCUGCAGGGAGCUGUAAAAGUCUGGCUUUAUGCUGUUCUGCUUUAGCUUUGGCAUAUAACUGAGCUUGUGGCUGUAAAGGUUCAGUUUUGAUCCUUUUAAAAAUUUGGUCUCUCUGUAGUUCGGAUUCACUUUGAUACCAAGAAAAGCCUAGAGCCACUGGUGCUGAAUGGGGCAAGGGAGUUAGGAGGAUUGACUUCCAGAAAAGUUAUUAUAAUUCUGGAAUUCUGUUAGCAAACUAGCUUGGCUUUAUCUUUGAUACCAAUUUCAGGGAUGAAUGUUUAGUUGCAACUGACUUGUUCCAGAAAUGCCUGACUAAGUUGUCUUAUAGUGAAUUUGAGGACAAAGGGAUACAAAUUACAGCAAACAUUAUAAUGGAAAAUGUAUUUCUUUUAAGUUGACAUAGUCCCAUUAUCACCAGUUAAGGAACUUCAAUCAAUUCAGUUAAUUCUUAAACCAUACAGUAAUUAUGACCAUAUAAACUGAUUCUUUAAGGAUCCACUUCUUACCUGUCAUACUUUUCAUUCACUUUAUACAAUGCAAAAUAAUUUCUUUAGAAAUUCAGAAUACAAGAGUCUUCCAAGAAUAUGAAAGAACAGCAUAAACAUAUAUGUGCAAAUAUUUCUCAUUUUCUAGCAAUGACUGUUACAGACACAAAACCCUAACUUUUAUGCAUUCAUGUGACCUGUAGUCCACUACUACUUGCACGCAUGACCAAAUGCUUAGCAACAUGUUGCAUUUGCGGUGAAACAGUACCUGACACAUGGCCUGGCUUUGGGUGGAGGGAAGAGCAUAUCAAAAACUGUCUCCUUGGAUAUGGCACUUUGCCGGUGCCACACCAUAUGUCACAGAAGCUGCAAAACUUUCCUCUUACUUUGCAUGAACAAUUUUCCUGUUACAUAAAACUGCAUUCUUAAUGUCUGCAUGCAGCUCUCUGAGUGAUGUGUAGUUAUCCCCUUCAUGCAGGUUGUCUUGUAACUGGCUUUCUGAAUCUGCUACAUUAAAAAGCAAGCUAUUCAUACUGUCAAAUUUAUGAACAUGAAGUUCCUAGAAUAGGAAGAUUGCAUUUCCUAUCUUUAUGACUCACAGACAAAAUCUGAAGUGUGUAUAUGUGUGACUGAAGCAGUUUCCCUGAUUUGUGGCAUAUCAAUCCAUAUUUCCCACAAGUGCCAUAGUUUGCAGUUUGUCUGUUGGCUUUGUUUAGGUUUAGGCUUUUUCAUUCACUUGGAAGUUACUCUCAUGUAACAAGAAAAUUCCCUUUUGUUCAGGUAAUCUGGAUAGAUUUAUGUUCAGUCUACAUAGAAGCACAUGGCAAAUAUUGCAACAAAUACACUUUCAUCAGUACAAUAAUUUCUGUAAAUAUCUCAAUAGUUUUGUAAACCUAAAAGCUCCCACUUUGCAUCAAAUUAUUCAUUGUUCGUUUUCUAAAAGGCUCAAGCACAACAAUAUUAGCAAUGAAGCUUGAUUCUGAGUUUACUAAUUUAUGAUUCUCCUGAGUUCACUGAAAUUACAACUGACUUACUCCAAGGGAAAAUCAGAAUCUGACCUCAAGUUACUUCAGCUUUCCAGAAUGCUACGUUGUCCAUGCUUGGUAUUUUAUAGUAGAGGCUGAUUUUAAUCUUGCAAAUCAUGGUUUAUUUUGCCCUUAAUUGUAUCUGAGAUUGAAAUAUGCCUCUUGGGUUUUGGACCACCUGUCUUUGUAUGAGUUUCUCAGUGUUUAUUUUAAUAAUAAAUGUAUUUUUCCUAUUUUUGUGCUUUUAUUAAUGUUGGGUGUGUCACAUGGAAUCGUAUAUACAUUUGAAAGGACAUUAAAGCAAUUAGAACAGUGUUCAAAUGUGAGCAGUGAUACUCACCAGUUUUAAAAUACCUAGGUUAUUCUAAGCAGUUCUAACCUCUAAGCUUAUAUUAAAAAUAAGCAUAGCCUAUGAAUACUUAAAAGACAAUAAAGAUAACUUCCCUUGGCAUCCUACCCAAUACCAGUAGAGCUAAUCUCCUUCUGACAACAAAGUUGUUCUGUGUGGCUCCCAUCAGGUUCGCACAGAUUGACUUUAUAAUAUUUUAUAAACUUGUUUCCAAGAAAGAUUGCUGAUCAAGCCGUUUACACAGCAGCCAUGGCUUAACAGGGUGGUUUUUUUCAAGGAUAUUCACCUCUGGGCAAGGGGUAGACAUCAGUACUGUUGUUGCUCUCUGUUUGUGGAGUAAACUGAACUUCUUUCUAGCAAAGGUUGUGGAGGAAAUGCCUGUACUAGGUCCUUGUGCUGUGAGUGGAAGCAUAUGUCCCACCUGGAGGUCUCAGGCUAGGAAGGCACAGAAGUCUUCCAGCAGUGAUUUUGCUCAGUAAAUCUUCCCUUAGCAGUUUUCCUUUUCCCUUUGAUCCUACAAAAGCAGAACCAGUGUAGACUGUCUCAGGACAGAAGCCGCAAUAUGGUAGUUUUACUAGUGCUGCUGGUGAACAUUGCCAAGGAAAGGCUUUAACUCUACUUUCUAGAGUCCAUAAAUAUAUUUUAUUAGAAGCUUAGAAGACAUGUUAAGCAUUUCCCUAAUAGACCCUGGAGAUGUAUUUAAACUUUUCUGGAGGAAUGCUUUAUAUAAAGUUCAGUGUUGUGUAUGACAUAGACAUGUGAUUUGGGAUCUGUCAUAGCUCCUUCGAUGCAUCAGAGCAGCUGUAGCAGGGGCAACAUGUAGACUCUGAGAUUAUGCUGCAACAUGUAACUGCAAACAUACACAACAUGAGCAAACUCAUCUGCUUGCUUAGGUGUCAUUUUGGGUAGUUGACCUAAGAAGCUGUGUUUGAAAACAAACAGUUUUUAAACAACCACUCUAAAUGAAGGCACAGUUAAAACCAUACAAAACUGCUCAUCCCUUUUCCAUGAUAAUUGCUGCCAUGGAAGAGGCUUAUCUGCUGACUUUGGGCCAAGUUUUGAAUACUGCCCUUUAAAGGGAGGAAAAUGUUGUUAACUGUUCCUAGUAGAGUGAUGUUUAAUUUGGCUCUAAUAGGGAACUGUGCCUAUAAGGCACAACUGAACCAGUUGGUGAAAGUCAAAUGCAUUCAGGACAAUUCUCAGUAAAGGACUGCACUUGAAAUGCAGACUAGGCAAGGUAGAGUGCCAACUGACAGGGUACUACAGAUCUUGUUUGCAUUUCAAGUUUUACUUACAGUAGCAUAAUAAUUAGUGAUGCUUAUGACUAAGAAAAUAACAAUAUGGCACAUCAAUAAGACGGCAGAAAUGUGAUGUUGGAACUGCUUCUUAAGAGAUUCUGUAGUGGAUUAUGCCGGCACUUUGGGAAAAUGAAGCCAUGAGAUGAAUAAACUGGCAAAGAUUGUGAUCUUAUGCUUACAAUAUUUUUCCCUGGAAGAGCCGACAGAGAUAUUUUGCAACAGUUUUCCCCAUCAUCCUCUUAGUUUGCUGUAAUACAUUCUUUUGUAGAUGUAUUUCUACACUUUUCCAAGAGUGGAAAAUUAUUUUUUGUAAUUCAUGAGUGCAUUUAAUUGACAGAAUCCUCUACUCUUUCUUUUAUGCCCCCUCAAUCACUACCAAAUUGGUGGAAAGACAGCCAAAAUGUUAGGUACCAGUGUCUCUCAAGCAGAUGUCACACCACUAUUUUUUAGCUCGUUUAAAUGAAUAAACAUGUUAAACUGUGAAAUAUUACAUUUUAGAUUUUUUCAUUAAAAGAAAAAAACGGACAAUCUGUUUACUGUCCUUAAUUAAGACAACAAUCCUGGUGGUUGCCAGUUUUGGCAGUUGUAAUGAUGAACUAUAAAUAUUGGGACAAAUCAACUAACUAGUGAUUGUAGAGGAUAGUUCAAGUAGAAGCCUCAUUCUGCAUGACUAUUUUUUUUUCUAACUUCUAUAAUUGUUAUACUGGUUUUGCAUGUUAAAACCACGGACAAAUACAGUCAUAAAUAAAUACUCGUCAAACAGUA